CCCACUGUACCCCUCUAAUCGCUUGAUCACUUUUGCCAGAAUCCCAAAUAUAGAGAGAGAGAGAGAGAGAGAGAGAGAGAGAGAGAGAGCGGCAGACAAUCAACCAGAGCAGUCUUUGUGGGCUCAAAAAAGAAAAGACUCUUCUCUCAGAGCAUUCCAUGCAUGGAGGAAGAGGGAGCCGAGAGAACAGAGCUAGUUCUUGACUGGGAAAAGCUCUUGCCCAGCGAAGACGACGACCCACCUGUCGUUCUGAUCGUCAAGCCCACCACGACGACCACUCAGCCGUCGAAGCAGUCGGCAAUGGGCUCCGCUCAGCGGCUUAAUUCGCAGAGAGACGAGGGCUUCGACCUCCUUAGCGAUCACGAGCUCAACGACUCGAUUCGGAGCAAGCGGUGUACACUGGAGACGAUGGCUCUGAGAUUGCCCGACAGAGGGGAAAAAGUCCGGGCCACUCUCACGCGACUGGAGGAAGAGAUGGAGCGGAGGAAACUCAGACGAGUGGACAAGGAAGCUGAUGGAUGUGAGAAGCCCACACAAUCAACGAGCUUAAGUACUACUGGUGUUUCUAAUGGCUUUAUAGAAGAGACCAUAUCAUCUCAAGCCCAUUCACAGUCCUCAUUUGCUUCACAAUUCUGUCGAAAACUGGAAGAAAGUACAUAUUGUGGAGCGACUGAUGCAUUUGACAAAGAGCUAUCAGUUUUGAGUCGUUGUGACAGCCGGAAGAUGACACAUAAGAGAGAGUUAUCGCAAAGGGAAAGACGGAGUGGUCGAUUAUCAAGACAGCGGUCUUUUCAAUGUCCAAGCAAUAUCUCUAAACAAGUUCUCUCGAAUAGUAACCAAAAAGGCAGAGCUUCUCCUACUUGUUCUCUUCGCCAGAUUGGGGAAAACUUGUCCAGCUGCUUUACUGAGAAAAAGGAUGCUUUUCAAGUCCUUCAUCCUAAUCGCUCGAGGCCUAAGAAGGAGCAGACAAUUGUUCUUAUAGAUGAGGAUGAAUCUCAGAUUCUAGAGAUGACAGAGCAAGAAGACAAACUUGCUGAAUGCUUGAAAGAUGCAAAGAUCACAUACCCAUCAAGGGAUGAUCCAGAAUCUAUCGAAAUUUGUUAUGCUGACAUUGACUGCCUUGCUCCUGAAGGUUUUUUGACAUCAACUAUUAUGAAUUUUUACAUCCGAUAUAUACAGCAGCAAGCAUCUCCAACAAAUAGAGCAAUAUGCGAUUAUCACUUUUUCAAUACGUAUUUUUUCAAGAAGCUGAAAGAGGCUGUAUCAUACAAGGGAGAUGACAAAGAGACUUUUUUUGUCAAGUUCAGAAGGUGGUGGAAGGGUGUCAAUAUAUUUCAGAAGGCAUAUGUACUUAUUCCAAUACAUGAAGAUCUUCAUUGGAGCUUGGUGAUUAUAUGCAUCCCAGACAAGGAAGAUGAAUCAGGGCCAAUUAUUCUUCAUUUGGAUUCGUUAAGACUUCACUCAAGCCGAUCGAUUUUUCAGAAAAUCAAAUGCUUUCUGAAAGAAGAAUGGAACUAUUUGUCUCAAGAAGUUACUCCUUCAGAUCUUCCAAUUGCAGACCACAUAUGGAAACAUCUCCCUCGUAGAAUUAAUGAGAACGUGAUUGCGGUUCCUCAACAAAAGAAUGACUCUGAUUGUGGUCUCUUUGUUCUUUUCUUCAUGGAGCGCUUUAUUGAAGAGGCCCCUGAAAGGCUGAAAAAGAAAGAUUUAGCAAUGUUUAGCAAGCAGUGGUUCAAACCAGAGGAGGCCUCUGGUUUGAGGGCAAAAAUCCGGAAGAUACUCAUAAAAGAAUUUCAAAAAGCAUGUGAGGUUGAUCAUAUCUCAGAAUCUUCUCCUUUGUCUACUAGCGACCAGAAGGAUUCUGACUGAAUUUGGUUGAGGUGCGACCAGUUCAUUAAAUGGAAUCUGUCACCUUGUAUAGCUCACAUGGUGGAUGCAAGUACUUUGAUCCUGACCUGCAUUAGUUCAGCAUACCAAUGGCAGAUCUGCUUUGUAAAGAUUAUUUUUCAAUUAGUUUUGUAUAGCCUGCAAACUUGGACGUCCAAAUAUCAUUCCAAAUUUCCAAGAAGAGGUGUACCCAAUUUCUCGGAGUUACUGGAGUACAUUUUUGUCAAUAGUACUGACCAGUUUGUGGGUUUAGAAACCCAUUUAAAUUGAUUCACCAGAUGUAUAGAGGAACAGAAUAGUGCUGCUUACAAGUUAUGGUGGUACUUCAGGGCAAUGUCCACAAUCUGCUUUUUGCCAAA